GGGCGCGGCCGCUGCAGUCGCAGUGAGGCCAUCUUCCGCUGGCCGGCUGGUUCGGCCUGUGCAGCCCGCACCCGCGCCCCUCGCCCGGCCCGAUGGCUCCGCGGCCGCUGAGUCCCUUGGUGCUGGCGCUGGGCGGCGCCGCGGCCGUGCUGGGCUCAGUACUCUUCAUCCUCUGGAAGACCUACUUCGGGGGCGGACGGGAGCGGCGCUGGGACCCGGGCGAGGCCUGGUGUGGCGCGGAGCCUGCCCGCCUUCCUGAGUGGGACGAGUGGGAGCCUGAAGAGGAGGAGGACGAAGAGCCAGCGCUAGAGGAGUUGGAGCAGCGUGAGGUUCUGGUGCUGGGGCUGGAUGGCUCAGGGAAGAGCACGUUCCUGCGCUUGCUGGCUGGGAAGCCACCGCUGGAAGGGCACAUCCCCACCUGGGGCUUCAACUCUGUGCGGCUGCCCACCAGGAACUUCAAGGUGGACCUGCUAGAGAUCGGUGGCAGUCAGAACCUACGCUUCUACUGGAAGGAGUUUGUGAAUGAAGUAGAUGUGCUGGUGUUCAUGGUGGACUCGGCUGACCGCAUGCGGCUGCCUUGGGCCCGGCAGGAACUGCACAAGCUGCUAAACAAGGACCCUGACCUGCCUGUCGUCGUGGUGGCUAACAAGCAGGACCUGAGUGAGGCCUUGAGCAUGGUGGAGCUGCAGCAGGAGCUGGGACUGCACGUUUUCGAUGGCCAGCGGGAGAUGUUCCUCUUGGCAGCCAGCAUCGCCCCUGCAGGACCUGGCUUUGAAGACCCUGGCACCGUGCAUAUCUGGAAACUGCUCUUGGAGCUUCUCUCCUAGGCUGGCCCCCACACCUGCUCACCCACCCAACCCUGGAGAUCCCUAUUCUGCCAUUCCUACCUAUCUACUGCCAGCCUAGGUCUGAGGCAGGAGCCGUGUGACAACUCUUCCCUUCUCCCAUUCUCCAGAGCAGGGCCUGAGCAAGGCCAAGAACCACACAGAGGCCUUCCUGGUGAGGUGGCCGUGAGGCUGAAGAAGGGAGGCAGGUGGGGCAGAAAGUGGAAGAGCAUAGUAUCUGGCUCACUCCAGGCUGGAAGCAGAUCCACCUUUCACCAGUGAAGGCCUGCACCCUCCUUCUCUGACCUGUACAGUGAGGUGUUUAGCGGGCUCAGUUCUCGCCACUGCAGGUUGCGGUGACUGAGAACCAGUACAGUGUCAGAAGUGCUCCCAGUCUAAACCAUUCCCUCCUGGUGACUUCACACCCCUCUCAUGCAGGCAGGUUCUGGGCAGUACACAGUGAGCCUUGGCUCCAAGGCCCACAAUGUCCUGCAGCCCCAGAUGUGCCCAGCUGGGUCAUGGUCUUGUGCUAUCUCUGUCCUGGGGCUAUCGCUUUUAAAGAGAGGUAAUUCCCAUGGUUUUUUCUAACUUGGAAAUACAUUUUCCAGCCAUGAAGGUAAGAAGUGCUAGAAUGAACCUGAAGAUCCUAGCAACCUCUCUGAAACCUCCUGCUUCUGCAAGCCAACGCCUGCCCACCAGACUACAGGAUCAAGCGGUAUUCACCCCGAUCAUAAAAACUAAAGGCUUUUUCCGCCCUAAUCUGGACACAAAAGCUGCUGCUCUUGUACUAACUGUGCCAAUGUCCAUGUUUACAGAAGUCUGGGGAAGGAGUCCAUGUCCCUGGGGAGAUAGCUGUUAACUGGAGCUGGGUGUUGGCCUCAGAACUGUGUUUUAAUUAUUUAUUUAUUUAUAAAAGGAACAGGCCAAAGUUUUAGGUUCUGUUUCUAGGUGACUGUCAUGGAAAAUUUGUGUCUUUGAGGAAAAUAGCUGCAAUUGUGAGGCAAUGUGAUAACCUCCACCUGUCAGUGGAGACAAAGCUCUAGCUUCCCUCACCCCCACUACCAUCAUUUAUAGCUGUGUUCAGUAUCAUACUUCACAUUAAUCCACACGAACUUAAACUCCACCAACUUGGCCCAGUGUGUCCAAAGGACACAUCCCCUUCUGGGUAGAUGGUGACUCUAGGAGAGGAAAUUUCAAACAUGUAAAUCCAGGUAAAAAGAAAUGAGAAUUAGCAGAUCAGCCAAUGGGGGGCUUUGAGUACCUCACUCAGCCUUCCUGGACCUGCUGAUUCCCCAACUAAAGCAAAGUUGGACAGAAUUUCUGGCUUUUCUCCAGUGCACACUACAGGAUUCUCCUGUCUCCAGUGAUCAGAGUUUGUCCAUAUAUUGGCGCUUCUCUUUCGUGCAGGCAAAAGGAGCCUUUUGUCUGUCAGGGGCCACUGAGUAAUCAAUCAGUAGCCACAAAUGAGCUUUUUAUUUUUUAGAGGCGAUACCUAACUCCAUUUGCCUUUUAAUUGAGAAUACAGAUUAUGUGCCUUCAUUUCAUUUGACACUUACUCAGUGUGCUUCAGUUCCACGCUGUGGCCUAUGUGAGAAGAGGCACCAGGAGGGAAGGUGGGGACGGAAGCUCCCCAAGUCCAGAAGUGUGAUUAUUGGCCUGCUGUGCUCUUGGGCUGUGGGUAUAGCAACAGAAUCACUGUUAUUUGAAAUCCUGACUAACUUUCUACAGAAGAAAGAAGAGAUUUGUCUUUUAUUUAAAAUACUUAAGGAAUGACUUAGCUUUUAGAAUACGCUUUGAAACUUUGCCGACAAGUUUUCAUUUUGACACUGAAAGAUUCUAACACUUCACUUCUCCAUUCUUUGAACUCUUUUUUUCCCAGUGCUUGACAUUUACCUUUGGAACCAGCAGCAGUGUUGUAGGGGACCCUUUUCUAAUUAAGAUCUGCUUUUGGUCUAAAGAGUAUCAUUAUGUAAUACAAUUUUCAAAGUCUCCAGUGAGUGCAGUGAACUUGAAUAAACAGUUUAACUGUAUCUACUUGAGCAACUUUUGAAGACCACUCACAGAAUUGACAGGUCCCAGUGGUACACCAGAAAUCACACCACUGAGGGGUGCUGAAGGUCCAAGUUCUCUUGGCCUAUGGGUGUGCCUCAUCACAUUUGUGCCUGACAGCUGUGCUCUGGCUGGGUUGUUGGCCUAUCCUCCAAGCAGAGUGCCAACACUGCUUAUCUGCUCUGGGUUCUACCAGGAUUAGACCAGGUGAAGUAGAUGAAUGGGUCUCUCUUAUGAACAGCUAUGCAGCUGGCCUGUGGUAUUCUUACCCAGUUGCUCUUCAAUGUGACUUUCUGAUUCACAAGCCCAGAUCACCUGCUCCUGGGACCCAGCCAUUAUCUGGAGUUCAUCUCAAAGUUUUCUGAGCUAGCCUGGGUUACACUGUCCCCCACCCCCACUGCCCAACACUACAGCUUCCAACCUACCUGAACAGGAGUUAGAGGUCAAAUGUCUGCAGCUCUCCUAGCAAAGGCAGCUGGAAGGAAGGCUCUGGAUCUGAGAGAACAGAUGGGCACUCCACAUCAAAGGAAAUCCUCUGCUUCUGCUUGCCUGUUGAACCUAGGCUUGAUCAUUCACCCUGGCUUUGAAGGCUUCUGUUCUAAAGAUUUACUUAAUGCAAUGUGGCUUCUGGUUUUCCAUUCUUUGACCUGCUGCCAACCCUCUGAGAGGCCAACUUGGCCCAAAACUUGGUCAUGUGGAUGGUUUGAGCAAAAUUAGGUUCUCAGGACUACUGAGAUCACCACCUUGGACUGGCUGCCUAUCCAAGAAGCCUCCUCUUGGUGCCCGGAUGCGGGUCGUAAGCUUGCGCUGACACACUGGCAUCCAGCUGAAAGGAAGGGGGUGGGGUGGUGAAAUCAGUUCAUCACAGCCCUCCUAAUUCCCCGGAGACGUGUGAAAAUCUGAGGACUCUUGCCUGUCUGCCUGAAUGAAACACUAGAUUCUCCAAAAAAUGUUUCCACUUGUCUUUAGAAAACAUUUUGUUCUUAUGCUAGUUUAGUAGCAAUUGCCAGCACUUUGAACUAGCUGCUGAAACUCACCUGUGGUACUUAUCCUGGUGCAUCUGUCCACACCUCAGACCUGGAAGAGUCUGAGCAGUCUGCCUGUCUCAUUUGUUGGCUCACACAUCCUCCAAGUCCUUUCUAGUAGUUAUGAAAAGAACCUCCACCUUUUCCUCCCAUCAAAGAUCUGGAAGUAAAGCGGCCUUGCUGUCCCAGCCCAAGCCCUGUGAACCCAAACCUGUAGGGUUACCAAGAACAAUCUGCAUUAAAGCGCGCCGGCAGCAGUUUGAGCCACACAAUAAAUGCCAAAAACUCA